ACAUAAACAUAAAGCAAUAUUAACAUUUAAAUUUAAAAAUUAAUUGGGGUACGUUCAUAAAAGUUUGUUUAAGAACGUUUUGUAUAACCUAUAAUUUCCACAUUUGAUUUAUAAUUUAUAACAUAACCCAACUUUUUUGCAUGUGUCAAACUUAUACAAUUUCCUCAUGUAAUAUCACAAAUAAAUCAUUUUUAAUUAAAAAACCAUGUCGAAAUCUCAAUUAAAAGAAGUAUUUGAAGUAGAAUCAAAACACAGCGCUUUUUACACGGAAGGGAACGUAGAAUGGCACGAAAACGAUUUGUAUUGUUAUGCUUCAACUCACAUUUCAGUUUUCGAUACAGAGAAAGGAUUAGUUUCGUUAAAAUUAGCUGAAGAAGAAGAAAUUCCGGAUACGAUUCACACCUUCACAAAAAACGAAGAUAAACUUGUGACUUGCCAUCGUAGUGGGUUACUUAAAUUGUGGACGUUAUCCGGGGAUUUAGUUAAACAGUGGAGAUGUUUACAUAAAGGCCCAAUUGCUCGAUUAAACCUAAAAGGGGCUACUUUACUUAGUGGAGGUUCUGAUGGAGUUAUUAGAGUGUGGAAUUUAGAGUUUCAAGUGUGUCGGUUGGCUUUAAAGGGUUGUUUUGGAGUUGUCAACGUCGUCGAAUUCCAUCCCAUAAAUAAUCAAAUUUUUGCUUCAGGAGAUGAUGGAAAAAUUAAUUUAUUUGAUUUAGAAAGUGGUGGAUUGAUUAAAAUUUUUAGUGGGCACUUUGCUAAGGUGACUUCGCUAAGUUUCCAUUGCGACAAUGAGCACUUUGUUAGUUCAGGACGGGAUAAAACGAUUAUUUUGUGGAAUAUUAAUAGUGAAAAAGGAUUAAAAACGAUUCCAAUUGGGGAAACGAUUGAAUCUGUAAUUUGUUUACCAAGGAAGUUUAAAAUUCCCAAUUUUAAAUGUAAUAAAGAUAUUGAGGAAGUUUUUGUGAUAACCGGGGGAGAUCGUGGAGUUAUUCGAGUAUGGAAUAUGAAUAAUUGCAAAGAAAUUUAUGUCCAAGAAAAUUCUUUGGUUAAUCCAAGUAAUGAUUUAGCGAUUUUUAAAGUUAUUUUUAACGAGAAAUUGAAACAAUUUUCUGUUAUUACCGGCGAUCGCAACAUAAUAAUUUACGAUUUAAAAACGUUUAAUUGUAUCAAACAAUUUGUUGGAUUCUCCGAUGAAAUCUUAGAUAUAAUUUAUUUAGGAACAAACGACCAAUAUUUAAUCGUAGCAACGAAUUCAAUCGAUAUAAAAUUUUAUGAAAACUCCACCAUGAAUUGCCGCUUAUUAAAGGGCCACACAGAUUUGGUUUUAUCCUUAAAUAAAUCGAGGGCAAAUCCGAAUUUGUUUGUUUCAUCGGCUAAAGAUAACUCGAUAAGAGUUUGGGUUUUAAAUGAAGAAAUUCCAAUUUGUAUUGGGGUCGGAACUCGGCACACCGCUUCCGUAACAACAAUUGCAUUAACAUCAACUUUUAUUGUAUCAGGAAGUGAAGAUACUUGCCUUAAAAUUUGGGAUAUUCCCCAAAAAAAUUCAAAUACAACCUUAAACUGUCAAAUAACCGAAGCGGCGCAUCAAAAAUGUAUUAAUUCAGUCGCAAUUUCACCUAACGAUAAAAUAAUCGCUUCAGCAUCUCAAGAUAAAACAGUUAAACUUUGGUCUUCGGAUAAUUUAGGGUUUUUAGGGUCCUUAAAAGGGCAUAAACGAGGAGUUUGGAGCGUCCGAUUCUCCCCCAUCGAUCAAGUUUUGUUAUCAUCAUCCGCAGAUUGUUCAAUUAAAUUAUGGUCAAUCGCUGAAUUAAAUUGUUUAAAAACGUUUGAGGGACACGAUUCGAGUGUACUUAGAAUCGAAUUUUUAUCCCAUGGAAUGCAAUUUUUAAGCUCAGGUUCUGAUGGGUUAUUAAAACUCUUUAACAUAAAAACUUCGGAAACUGUCGCAACGUUCGAUGAACACUCAGGAAGAAUUUGGGCUUUAGCCGUAAAAAAAGAUGAAUCACAAUUAAUAACCGGCGGUGCCGAUUCUUUACUAUUAAAGUGGAAAGACGUUACCGAAGAGAAACGUUUAGAAAAACUCAAAGAACAAGAAGAAUUCGCGUUACAAGAACAACAAUUAAUGAAUUGCAUGCAAAACGAACAAUUUUUAAAAGCGUUAAAGUUAGCGUUACGUUUAAACAAACCUUUUCAAGUUUUAAAAAUCGUUGAAAAUGUGAUUAAAAAAGGUGAAAGUGGGUUAAGUGAUGCUGUAAUGGAGUUAAAUGAUGAGCAAAAGGAGCAGUUGUUGAAAGUUGCUGCUAAUUGGAAUACGAAUAGUCGAUUUUGUCAACCGGCCCAAUUAGUUUUGAAUGUUUUAUUGAAUGAGUUGCAAUCAGGGAGGUUUAAACCGGUUGGUUUAGGGAGGGUUUUAGAAGGGAUUUUGCCAUAUACUGAAAGACAUUUUAAUCGAUUAACUCAAAUGAUGCAGGAUUUACAUUUUAUUACUUAUACGAUUAAUUGUAUGCAACCUUAUGCUAAAAGUAUGUGAAUAAUAAAGAAUUUUUUUGUAAUAAUAA